AUGGAUCCACACGCCUAUCGAGUGGAACACAAUCCAGAACACCGACCGGUCAGUGAUCAUUGUACUGGUACUUUGCAAGUGGAUUUGUCUGAGACAGAUACGACCACUGUCAGACACCACGGUCUUGUGCUUCGUUCUGGUCGUACACACGAGGACUAUCUGAACGCUCGUGAACUUGCUCGUGAUUUGACGCGAAACCCCCGAUCGUUUAUUCCCGUUCCGAAACCGAAUUUGUUGACAAGCAAAGCCUACGGGACACCACCGAACAUUCCAGUCAACCAUCCAACUGUCCCAAAUUUGUCAUUACAUCGUCCGUCUGGAAUAGACGAAAAUUUGACAGUAUUUGAAAAUUCUCCGUUUGCAAAUGAGAUCAGAACACAUAUGGUUGAUUCAGCCUAUCACGGGUCAUUAGAAAUAGAACAUCCGGGACCGAGUACAGGAGACCAACAAAUUAGGGGUCUGGAUAUGGAUCCGCACAGUGUAUACAGAGAGAACGGGAAUUCUGAACAGUACACUUCCAAUAUGCCAAAGGGUGAUAUGUUUUCUAAGGAUAGAUUAAACUCGCAAAACAACCACGCAACUGAUUCCUGUCGAGCUCAAACUGAUCAGAAAACAGUAGGCAAGAAAAUGAACAAAUUCUGCUACGAAUGUGGGAGUGCGUUCCCCAGUGCGGCGGCAAAAUUUUGUCCUGAAUGCGGGAUCAAACGUUUGGUCGCCUAG